AUUCCGUUCAUUCCUGGGUUGGGGACAAUGCUGAUCAUGUUGGCAAUAACAUCCGUGCUGGUGGGAGUGUCUGGAUGGAUUGGCGCAUACGUGGAAGAGCCUGCGAGGUAUGCUCUGUACUGCACCACAGCGCUUGUGGCGGUGGUGGCCUUGAGUACCGUCCAACACCAACACGCGGAUCCCAAGAUCGCCUCGGACGAUCUGCUGGUAGAAUCGUUGCCCCCUAGUACAUUUGACGUCGAUGGACUUGCCACAGAAAAAGGGUCGAUUCGCGCUGCCGUGGAUGCGCGAGUCCACGACACGACUGUCCUAAAUUCCUCGAUCGAUGGCGUCAAACGAGGGCUGAUCCUCACGUCUCUCGUGGAUCACCCUGUGGGCUGCAUUCGCAUCUUGGUGGGGCCAGAAGGCGCCAGCGGUGGUCGCCUUGCCAAGAACGAGAUCAUCCUUGAAGAGAACGUCGUGAGCCGUGUGCACUUCCACCUCGGUUGCCAUAGCCCAAGCCGCCACAGCAGCGGCCCCUCCAACGAAACGGCGCCCUUCUUCUUUCUGCAGGAUUGCGGCAGCACCGCCGGCACGUUCUUGUACAUGGCGCCGUGGGAGAAGCGCCGGUUGCACGUCCACGACGCGGUCAAGGUCGGCAACACCGAGUUGGUCGUCAUCGCCAUGCAAGAAGACCACUGGGCCCACACGAAACCAUUCCUUCGCGUGCAGUUCAUCUCUGGUCCCAUGGCCGGGAUCACGCAAACUGUCGGGCUUUCGCCUGUGACGUUGGGCCGCCGCACCACAUGUGCGUUGUGCCUGGAAUCCGACGUGACCGUGUCCGGCCAGCACUGCACCCUGGCGUACUUGGAGAGCUCAGCGACCAUCGUCGAAGCGGGGUUCUACAUUACGGACCUGAAUAGCACGAACGGCACGGGCUUGCGGUUGAGUCCGCCGGGGACCAAGUCGACCAAGGUGCGGCUGCACGACAAGGACGUGUUUAGUGUCGGCGCGACCAAGUUUCUCGUCGAGUAUCAAGCCACUCAAGACACGACGACAGAAACCAUCGGUGGGCAAGAACCGGUUCGAAUAGCGUAAUCAUUGUUAUACCAGUAGAACUAUUCUAAGGACGCACGGUACGUACAUGGAAACGAGCUACUAUACGCAGAGUUGCGAAUAGCACUGGUGCAGUACAUUUCAACACAACACAUUCAUCCAACACAAAGUGAAUACACAUAUACUAGCACUG